AGCGGCUCGGCGCUGCCGGAUCGGAGGGAUGAACGGCUCCUCGGCGGGGCUCCCGGGAGCGCUCGGCGGGGCCGCGGGGCUGCAGGGAGGGCCGAACGGCUCCUCGGCGGCCGCGGGGCUGCUGGCGGGGGCCGGGGGAGCGGCGCUGGAGCUGGAGCGGGCGCUGCGCUGCUGCACCGCCGCCUCCGUGGUGACCGACGGCAGCGGCGCGGCCGAGGAGCGCAGCCUGUACAUCAUGCGGGUCGUGCAGAUCGCCGUCAUGUGCGUCCUCGCCCUCACCGUCGUCUUCGGCAUCUUCUUCCUCGGCUGCAACCUGCUCAUCAAGUCCGAGGGGAUGAUCAACUUCCUGGUGAAGGACCGCCGGCCGUCCAAGGAGGUGGAGGCGGUGGUGGUGGGGCCGUACUGACCGCCCGGCCCCGGGACAGCGCCCGGCCCCUCUGCGGACACGCCGCCGCCUCGGCUCGGAGCUUUUUCCUCCUCAAAAACCGCCCCACGGACGAUUCCCGGGAUCCCGGAGGCCGCGGAGCCGCGCGGGGCGCCCGGAGCCGCCUGUCCCGUCCCGUCCGCCCGCGGGCUGCCAAGUAAAGCGUGCUCUGAUGGCAACAGGUCUGGGGGUCCUUAUUCCGUCCGCCUUUAUCCCUCCAUCCCUCCCUGCGCGUCCCGGG